AACGAGCAGAUGUCCCGUUAUUCUGCUGGUUCUGUGUUGCUCUUUCGCGAUCAGCACAACCGCUUGCCAGCAACUGCAAAGUUCAGAAUCAACAAGUGGCAGCAACGUUUAGAGCACUAAACCAUGAAGUUGUACUUCCAAGUCCUGACUCUACUUUGCUGCUUUGUGAAAAUAUCAAAGGCUGCCAAAAUUGUGGUUGUGCCGCCGAUUAUGUUUGAAAGCCAUCUCUACAUUUUUAAAACCCUAGCUAAAGCAUUACACGAGAAUGGACAUGAGAUGGUGUUUGCAGUAUCAGAAGGUAGAGAGAUCCCUUCAUCGGAUUACUUUAGAUUGCUGCGGUAUCCAGGCUUCUUCAAUAGCACAACAGCAGAUGAUUUCUUGCAGUCCAAGAUGAGGAAUAUUUUCUCUGGAAGACUAACUGCAUUAGAGCUCUUUGACAUUCUGGAACAUUACUCUAAGAACUGUGACAUCAUGGUUGGCAGCCAGAGUUUCAUUGCUCAGCUGAAAGAAGAAAAGUUUGACUUGCUUUUGGUGGACCCUAAUGAAAUGUGUGGCUUUGUGAUUGCGCACCUUCUGGGAGUGAAGUAUGCAGUCUUUUCCACUGGCCUUUGGUAUCCAGCAGAAGUCGGUGCUCCAACACCUCUAGCUUAUGUUCCAGAAUUCAACUCCCUCCUUACAGACAACAUGAAUUUGCUUCAACGAAUUGCAAAUAUUGCAGUGUACUUAGUAUCCCGCUUUGGUGUGAAUUUUCUGUUCUUGCCAAAAUAUGAGCGAAUAAUGCUGAAGUACAAAAUUGAGCCUGAAAGCUCCAUGUAUGAUUUAAUACAGGGUUCCAGCUUAUGGAUGCUGUGCACUGAUGUGGCACUUGAGUUUCCUCGACCUACAUUACCCAAUGUUGUGUAUGUAGGAGGGAUACUGACAAAACCUGCGAGUCUUCUACCAGAAGACUUCCUGACCUGGGCAGAUGGUGCUAAAGAGGAAGGCUUUGUCCUCGUAUCGUUUGGAGCCGGUGUGAAGUAUUUGUCGGAUGAAGUUGCACAUACAUUGGCAGGAGCUUUGGCGAGACUCCCUCAGAAAGUGAUGUGGAGGUAUUCUGGAAAGAAACCCAGCAAUUUGAGCAACAAUACAAGACUAGUAGAAUGGGUGCCCCAGAAUGAUUUACUUGGCCAUCCAAACAUCAGAGGAUUUUUAAGCCAUGGUGGUCUGAAUGGUAUCUUUGAAGCGAUGUACCAUGGUGUACCUGUAGUUGGAAUUCCCCUUUUUGGUGAUCAUUAUGAUACAAUGACACGUGUGCAUGCCAAAGGGAUGGGCAUCUCAUUAAACUGGAAAACAAUGACAGAAGAUGAUCUGUAUAAUGCAAUGGUGACAAUAAUUACUGAUCCACGCUACAAGCAACGUGCAGAACAGUUAUCUCAGAUUCAUAAAGACCAACCAGAACAUCCUGUGAGCCGAACCGUUUAUUGGAUUAACUACAUCCUCCGUUACAGUGGGGCAGAGCAUCUACGUGCUGCUGUUUAUAAUAUCCGGUUCUACCAAUACUACUUGUUGGAUGCAUUUCUGCUAAUUGCAAUAAGUAUUGUUGUUGCAUUCAAGAUAGGAUUUUGGUUAGUAAAUCUGGUCACCAAAAGGUUUUCAUCUAAAUUAUUGCAUAGUAAAGCUAAUGGAUACUGCUACAAUGGAAUACCAAAUGGUAAACAUCGGAAGAAUGGUCACAUCAAACAUGAAAAAAAAGUGAAAUGAAUAUCUGUUCCAUAAUAUUGGGAAAGAUUUAACAUUUAAAUAUAAUUCCAGCUGUGUAACACAUUACUGACGGCGUUUAAGAAAAUAACUGCGUUAAUGUUCUCCACUUUAACCUCAUUUUGCCUAAAAUUCCAUGUGCUGACUAAAGGACCGAUGAGCACAACUUAAAAUGCAAUACUGUAUAUUUGAAUCUUGGUAUUUCUGCACAAGUUACUUCUGGCACUGAAAAAUAAGGGCCUUAAUUCUUGGAGCCUUUUAUUAUGAAAUUUUAUAAACCGUUUUGUGAUCUAUUAGUGACUUGUGUGCCCCAAUUUUUAAAAAAAAAUAAAAAAAUGAAGGCUUUGAUACUUCUGUAAAUUUUUUUUAUGUUUCCGUGUUCUAUGUUAGCUAUGACUACAGUGAAUAGUACACUAACUCAAUUGUGAUGCUGGUAUACUCAAUUAUUUGAGCAAUUUAAAAACGUUUUAUUUGCUAUGGUGAAUGACAUGGCAAAUAAAAUGAUAAAUCUGUGGUUGGAUCUCCUGACUGUAGAGAAUUGCUUUGUUUUUUUUUCCACCAUCACUAUGAUUUUUAUUAAUUGGCACAAAUCCAGACAGGCCCCCCAUAUACACAGCCUUCACUAAAUCAAAGAUGGUACAUAGUUUAAUAAUUGUCAAGUGUUGCAUAAGUGAUCUAAUCUGAAGAUUUCAGAUUUUCAAACACUAAUUGUGUAGUUGAUGAGUAAGACAAGGAAAGUACACUAUCUUAAAGUUUUACGUGGUUUAUAUUUCAUAAUUCACAGAUACGGGAAAUAAUAUGCAGUUAGUUACAACAUGAAUUCAACAGUACAUUUAUAGGUGCACCAUGUUUUUAAUGCGACUUGGGAAAUGCUCUGUAAAUCCCAUUUAAAAAUACAGCAUCCAUGAUGGGUGGCAAUGUUUUCCACAGGAUUUUAGGUGCAUCACCUUUUUCCAGGGUCAUUUAACUCGAUUUAAAAUUGAGCAUUGCCUUUCAAAUUGAUCUCACAUAUUGAAUAAAUGUGUACUAGGAAUUAAUUUGCCAUCUAUCGAUUCAAAAAGUUCACAGGGUCUAGAUUCCAUCAGGAAUGUCUUGGAUAGGGAAAGUUGAAGGUUUAUAUUUUCUCAAUAUUAUUUUAACUACCUGCCUUUAUUUUAUUCCUGUCCUGUCCUGUGGUCCAGAACGUAUAAAUAUGAAGCUGACACACUUUUAACUAUUACAAGCAAAAAAGCUUGUUGCCCAUCACUUGCCAAAGUAUUUUUACAUGGUCUUUAGAUUUUCCCAUCAGAGCAUAUGUGAAUUUUUGUCGGUGAUUGUUAUUUUUCAGCAGUUUCAUGUUGGCAGCUUCUUCCUGUUCUUUUGAACAUCUCUGGGGCACACAAUUCACUGUUUUGUAACUACUAGCCUUGUGCUGCUUUCCUGUAUAUUUGUCAUAGUUUGUCUACUGUGUGAUGUGUUUACUGACAAAUGAACUAGCCCUGCUGUGAGUGUAUUUUUUUUUAAUUUAUUCUAAUUGAAGUUCAUGUGUCUGACAGAGAAACUAAGAGUGCCUUGUAUCCAAUGUUACUAUUGCCUCCUUGAUUUUGACCAAAAUAUAGACUGUAUUUUUCUAUCCUACUUGGAGCCACAAAUGGCCAUUGAUUGUAAGGAAAUUGGCGGGUUAUGAACAGCUAAUAGCUUUAAAUAAUUUAACAAAGGAAAGUUGAUGUACAUAUGCUUACAUUACUUUCACUUCUGUUCAAAACCCUCUGCAGUACUGCCAUGAAGUGGCCAUGGGGAAAGCAGAUUAACUGCUUAGAGGCUAUGAUUGGUGGGGUGGUAACAAAGUUGUUUUAGCAUAUCCAUAUGCAGAUGUGUUGAAAUGGAAUAACAGAUGCAAUGUCUUCAGGCUGUAGUAUAGCUGGGCUAAAGCUGAAAAAGCCAAGCAAUAAGCACUGAUUACAUGCUGGCCUGGAACCUUUUUUAUAUGUGUAUAUAUAAAAAUGUAAAUGUCUGUAAUUUCAGCUACAGUUUUAAGUAUAUACACUGUCAUCUGUUACUGCAAUAAAGUUAAAUGCAAA